UUAGCUUCAUAGGUCUGUUGCUCAUAUGAUUUAUUGACAUGUUUUUUUCUUUGAGGUUUGCAUGGGCACAUGUUAGAGGCAACUAGAAUUGUAAAUCAUGGGUAGACUUUUGAUUCGAUUAAAUUGUUGGUCAUUGUGAUUUUUGUGAAAAAAAAAUCAUUGUAAAUAAUUUAUUUCAAGCAGCUUUAUUUCCUAUUUGUUUUAAAUUAUUUAAAGCUACUUAAAUUAUUUAAUAACAGACAAACUUGUACUGUUUAUUGUUUAAAUGUCAUGUCUCAUACAAAGUGAUAACCUUGUUUUUUCCUGCGAAUGUUCAGCUCCGCACUCCAGCCCAGUAGGUGGCGUUAAUGCACCAAACACCCAAAAACUUAAAAGAAGACGAAGGUAUACUCUUCCAAAUGCAAAUAUUUGCAGAAGAUGCAAGCGUUUUUUUUAGUUAGAAGUAGAGAGGGUAAAGUACUGUAUGGAGAAGGAGGUGUGCUGACAUGGGGGCCACAGUUGAGCACACAUUUAACCAGCAUGACUACCCCAGCAUUUUUGUAGCGGCAUGCUAUCGCAUCUGGUUUACACUUAAUGAGACCAUAAUUUUUUUUUCCCAACAGGACAAUCACCCCAAACACAUUACUAGGUUAUGUAACAGGUAUUUGUUCAAGAAGGAGAGUGAUGGAGUGCUACAUUAGAUAACCUGGCCUCCACAAUCAUCCGAUCUAAAUCCAGUAGAGAUGGUUGGACCAGAGAGUAAUGGAAAAGCAGCCAAGUACUCGACACCUCUGGGAACUCCUUCAAGAUAGUUGAAAAACCAUCCCAUAACUACCUCAUGAGGCUGACAGAGAAUGCCAGGAGUGUGCAAAACUGUCAUCAAAGCAAAAGGCCUUAUACACCUAUGCAUGGGACACUCUCUCACGUAUGGUUUGACCGCUACAAAAUCUCCCGUGACUGCCCAGAGCAUUUGGAGUCCAUUGACGAAAUGUGCCAUAAUUUAGGAGCUGUAGUCCAAGAUGAGAUCCAAGCUGGUGUACCUAAGCACAGGAUGAUUAUUGGUGGCUUCUCUAUGGGUGGAGCCAUGGCAUUACACCUGGCCUGCAGGUACCACCAGGAUGUGGCUGGAGUCUUUGCUCUAUCCAGCUUCCUAAAUAAGAACUCAGUUGCUUAUCAGGCAGUUGAAGAUGCAGUAGAACGUCAGCUACCAGAGCUUCUUCAGUGUCACGGCACAGCUGAUGAGCUUGUGUCCCAUACCUGGGGAGAAGAGACCAACAGGUUGCUGAAGAAUGCUGGCAUGGUUACCUCUUUCCAAUCAAUCCCUGGGCUUUACCACAAUCUCUGCCAGCUUGAGCUAGAGCUUCUACGUUCCUGGAUCCUGAAGAAGCUUCCAACUAAAAGCUCUUCCACUACCAAGUUUUGAGCUAUACUUCACCUUUUUCCUCUGCAUAAACUGAUUUUAAAAACAAAAAUAUAUAUAUAUUUGUUGUGCAUAUAGUCCUGCAGGUUUUUUUUUUUUUUGGUUAGUCCUGUUUUAUAAACUCAAUACAUUGCACAUGCUAUUGCUAAUUGGUUUAAUGUGCAACAUGUUCAGCUUUUAAAAACAUCAGUGUGUAAAUGUGUGUUAAUACAGCUAUAAAACCUUUCUCUGAUGAUUGUGCUCUAUGUACACAUGUUGUCCUUGAAAAACUGCAAUUAUUGUGCACAUUUCCCAGCUGCCAGCAGGAACCACAUUAAAGUGUUGGCUGAAGAUGCUGUGGUGAUGGGAUGGCUGUUUCUUUCACUCAUUAUAGUUGUGGUCAGUCUGGAGCUGCAGGUAGAACUAUCACACCAGAAAGCAGGAAUGCCACUCAAGUUUGUGGUCUGGAGUUGGAUUCCUACUUAUUUGACACCCUUUCCAUUUCCUGCAGACUUGCUGUAGAUCCCUUCUAUUCCUUUUUCCCCUUUAAGCAGCGAUAUCAUUCUUUGUUUUUAAGUCUGUUAAAUGCGUUUAGAGGUCUGGACUGUUUGCUCAGUGGACACAAGCUACAGCACAGGUUCCUUCAUUAAUGGUUAUUGGGUGGAAGUGGUUAGCGAUUUUACUGUUGUGCUCAAAUUACGCAGAGGGGCCACUAUGCACCAUAUAUUAGUCUUAAGAAGCAUAGAGAGACCUAGGCUGACAUACAGAGCUGUCUUUUUUUUCUUUUUUUUUUUGCAUUGUCACACUUAAAUGAUUUAAAUCAUCAAACAAAUGUUUGUUACACAAAAAUAAUCCCAAUAAAUACAUAAUACAGUAAAAAAAAUCAGGGGCAAAUACUUUUUUAUAGCAUUGCAAUAAUAAUUGUGUAUAUGUGUGUAAAAAUAUGUAAGGGUAUGUAAUGAGUAUCUUUGUCGGUACUCUGCAAAUGGUUGUUACAUAAGAGAAAGUCAAUUACAUGACAAGAUGGCAUGUGUUUAUUUAAAAAAAAGAUAAUUAUAUACAAAGAAAAGACACUCUCCUUUAUUAAUUGUGGAGCAGUGUCUGAUUCAUAAUGCAGGAUAAAUAAAAAAAAAUAAAGAAAAAGCAGUGCAAAUAAUUAGCUUGAAAAUGUACCCAAGUUGAG